AUGAGUUCAAAAGAGAAUAAAAACGCCUUUACGAAGACAACUGGAACUGUCAUUGCAGUCAGCGCCGGAGCUGCUACGACCACUGGCGUUGAUGCGCUUUCGCAGCUAACGUUUACGGAGAAGUUGCUGGCAGGGUCCUCGGCUCGUGGUGUUGCGCAGACCCUGCUGCACCCAAUAGAUGUGGUGCGUACCCGACUUCAGGCCCGGGGUGUUCGUCGAGACUGGUCACCGCGGGUGUUUAUCAAAGGCGUGAUACCGCAGGUUGUUCUCGCGGUGCCAGCGGGCGGCGUGCAGUUCGUUGCGUACGAGUGGUGCAAACAACGCCUCACCGAGCUGCUACUGCCGCCAGCUUCGCAUACCAAACAAGCGUCAACAAAAGUUACGUCUUCUGGUCGCAAUCAUGCCUGGCGACAGGUUGUGGUGGAUUUGGUCUCCGGAGCUGCCGGCGCUUUCGCAGCAUCCUUUAUUCGAGUGCCGCAAGAAGUGCUCAAACAGCGCAUCCAGGCGGAUCUAUAUCCUCACAUCGGGGUCGCGCUGCCCACCAUUCUCCAGAAAGAAGGAUUCGGUGGCCUAUAUCGUGGUUACUGGGCAACGGUUUCUCGUGAUGUUCCUUGGAACGCGCUUUCCUUUCUAUUUUUCCUCCAAGAGUCGCGCCUUUUCGAACGGAUUCAGAAACGCGCUCCGAACCGACAAGAAAACCUCGUCCUAGCCGCAAUAGGAGGUGCAACUGCGGCCUUAAUGCUCACACCCGUAGAUGUCGUGAAGACCCGUCUGAUGACCCAAGGCGCUGACGGCACGUAUCGCGGCAUUCUGCCAACUUUCCGCCGCAUCAUUGCAGAGGAGGGUCCGGCAACGCUCAUGAAAGGCUCCGUUCCGCGAGUCAUGUACCUCGCACCGCUCGCAGCGAUCACACUCACAAUCUACAAUGCCAUCGGUAGGAAACUACUUGAGGCGCGGAAGCGCCGGGUGGUGACGCUGGCUCCCCGUUUCCGCGGAAUAGGCCACGGGUACCAGGUGGCCUGCGCAAAGCGAUCGCUGUUUGUCUUUGAAAGGAAUUUGCCACAGUGUUCAGCACAAGUGAGCUACACUCUCUAA